AAACGGAGUUAAUUUUAAUAUGAAAAAAAAAAUACAUUUAGUGCUUACAUGAGCCGAGAAAAAAAGGCUUUUAAUGUCAGUGCCUCCAAAUUUGCCAAAAUAUCUAGUAUUAAUGUGAAUUCUGAUAGUGAUUCAAAUGUGGAAGAAUUGAGCUCCGUAGAUAUAUCUUUAAAUGAUUAUGAUAGCCAAGAUACCAUUGAUAGUGACAAUGUGAAUAUUGUAGUGAAAAAUGAUAAAUGCAAAGAAAUAAAAGCUUGGGCUUUACGCAAUAGGGUGUCCCACAAUACAGUGACUGAUUUGCUUCAAACCUUGCGAAAAAUAGGUUUAGUAGAUUUGCCCUUAACAGCAAAAAGUCUAUUAGGUACAAGUAGAAAAAAGGUUAAUAUUGAAAACAUUCCAAGUGGCGCGUUUUUAUAUAGAGGAAUUCAAAAUUAUUUUGAGAAAAAUUCAUUUCCUCACCUUGAAAUAAAAGAUAGCAUUGUACUUGAUAUAGGAAUAGAUUAUUCAAAAAUUCGAAUAAGGUAUUAUGGCCAAUUUUAGCGUCCAUCGUUGAUUUUCCAAACGAAUUGCCAUUUACAGUAGCAUGUUUUUCUGGAACAGAAAAGCCCUGGAAUAUAAACGAUUUCUUAAAAGACUUUUGUGAAGAAGUAGCUUAUUUAAAAGAAAACGGUCUUCAGGUAGGUUCUUCUUCCGUUAAAAAGAAAUUUAACAUUCGUUUAUUUUGCUGUGAUUCUCCCGCUCGAGCUUUUGUCACAGGUGUGCAAUCGCACACUGGAAAAAACAGCUGUUCGAAAUGUGAUCAAAUCGGAGAAUACAAAGAGAGAAGAGUUUGUUUUUCAAAACGAGUUAAUCACUUAAGAACUGACUUGUCUUUUAAAAAUAGAAUUGAUAAAUCACAUCAUAUUAAUCCAUUUAAAUUUAGAGAAAGCAUUUUAGAAUUAGCUAAUUUCAAUAUGGUCUCCCAAUUUCCAUUAGACCCGAUGUAUCUUGUAGAUCUUGGUGUAUGUAAAAAGUUGCUUCAAUUACUAAUUAAAAAAGGGAAUAUAAAUGUAAGCAAAAUUAACGAAAAAAUAACUUUUCUCUCUAAUUUAGUUCCUUCUGAGUUUGGCAGGAUAUGUAGAAGUUUAGAUGAAAUCAGCAAUUGGAAAGCGACAGAGUUUAGGCAGUUUUUAUUGUAUAUAGGCAUAUUUGUCCUAAAAGAUUGUAUUAGUAGUGACCAUUACUACCAUUUUUUAUUAUUGCACGCAGGAAUAAGACUGUUAUCAUGUGAAAAAUCAUAUAGUACUGAAGCUAACGUUGCCCAACAAAUAUUACAAGAAUUCGUUGAUUUGUUUGGGAAUAUAUACGGAGACCAUUUAGUUAGUUAUAACGUGCAUGGUUUACUGCAUUUAACUGACUGCGCUAAGCAAUUCGGUUCUCUAGAUCAGUUUUCAGCCUAUAAGUUUGAAAAAAAUAUGCAAUAUUUAAAAAAACUUAUAAAUAAACCGAAUAAAAUCCUUCAGCAAUUGCAUUUAAGACUUGAUGAAAGAACUAAUACAAACAUUGAACCCAACAAAACUUCAAAAAUUAAUUUUUUUAAUAUAGAAUUUAAAAAAGAAAAAGAUUCUUAUUGUUUUAGUGAAAAAUUAGGGCCCAUAAAAGUAAUAACUAUGUCAGACGAAUCUGGUUGCGUUAUGGUAUCUGCACAUUGUUUUUUAGAUGUUGAAAAUGAUUUUGAAGAACCUUUAGAAUCGUCAUCGGGUUUAGGUAUUUUAGUAGCGAAGAAAUUAGAUAAAAAGGUAUUUAAAAUCAAAAAAGACGACAUAGUUUACAAAUAUUUCUCUAUUCCUCAUGAGGGAAAGUUUCUCCUUAUACCCAUUCUACAUCAUUUAUUUCAUAAAUUUUCAAAUUAGGAUUUUUAAGUAUUUAUGUACAUAUAUUUUUCUCGGCUCAUUUUAUUACAUUUUCUUAAAUUUUUGGAAAAGAACUUUGAUACUGCCAAUUUUUAUUUCUCAAUUAGAUGGAAAAUAUAUUUGACGAAAUUGACUUGGAGGAUUGUCCAACAACGUCUUCAACUCCCGCAAAAGACCAAUUACAUUUAAAGCGUAAAAAGUUUAACACGUCUGGUUGCUACAAUACAAAGGUCAGCAUUUCAAAACGACCUGUGGAAGGAAACGAGGUUAUUGACAUUUUAACCACUAUUUCCAAACAGCUUGACGAUUUGACGACGAGGGUAUGCGAUUUGGAAACUAAAAUCGAUAAGCAUUUAAAAGAAAAUAUUAUUCAUAAAAGUGAAUAAAUGGCGCAGCAAAAAACGGUUCGUGAAUGCAAGGUCCUCAUCCGCAAAAUUCAUCAAUCGGUAUGCCGAAUGACUGGUGAAGAUGUCGACAACGUUCAAACCGAAAUUGCUUCCACCCUACCAUUAAAUACGCUUGCUGCAGCUUUGGAAGUUGACGAAAAAUUGAAAUGCGACGAAUUUGCUGCUACAACGAAACAAUUCGUUUUGAGGAUAAAAGGUAUUUCAGAUAGUGUACAUGAUGUGUUGCGAAGUCUGUACACUGAUGAACUUCUUUAUUUAUGUAACUGGGACGGUAGGGGUGGGAAGCAACCUCUCUCCAAAUUCCUGCUGGUUUCCAACAUUUUAUACGAUUCAUUCAUAACGUAUGGAUUGGCAAUGUUCGAAAAACAAGUUCGAAAAGCCAUUGAAAUGAGCCACCAUAGGCACAAACAAAGAAUUUAUAGGAAGAGGAAAACUGAGGAAUGAACCCUUUAAAUAUUUAAUAAAAAGUUAUAUGUAUUUCUGAUAUUAUUAAAAAUAAUUAUUUUAAUACAUACUAGAUUUUAAGAAAGCAUUGCAAAGCAGGAAUUGAAUUAAUAAUGAAAUAUUUAUUUUAAUUUAAACAUUAAUGUAAUUUUUGUUAAAAAUAAUUUGAAAAAAAAAUUAAAAAUAAAAAAAUUAAAAAAAAAAAUAAAAAAUCUUUUAUUUUGAGAUUCGAACUCGAGUCUCACGGAAUCAAGCCGUGCGUUUAACCACUAGGCUAGUAUAGCAUGCAACGUCGCGCUUUCCUGGAACCAGUUUUCCCCGUUUGCCUUAAAUUUAACUAAAGUGUGAGUAGCGAGGAUAUAGUUUUAUUGUAGCAGAAAAUGUGUGCUCAAGAAGGUGAUAAAAAAUCACAUGUAUACAAAAGUUUUGGGAGGUUUUUUGAUUCGCCCUUAAGAACGUGAUAGGAAAGUGUGACAAUUAAACCGGCACGCCUUACCGGCAUGUCACUAGGUAACAUGACCGGCACUGUUCUAACUGGGUAAACGACUUCAAUACAAGUUGAUUCGAAUAAUUGUGAGAGCACACUGAGCAGCUAACAGCGAGACGUGACAGAGAGCGAGGUUCAGCUUGUUCUAAUUAGAACUAACAGCAGUGCGGUUGGUUGGAAAUAGACCUUUUGGCAGGACACGUUGGUUGCUAAAGGAAAAUAAUAUUUUAAGAUCUUUUUGUAAAAAUACUUUAAUUUAAUAAAGUUGAUAUUUAAAAAAUAAUUGAAAGUAAAAUUAUAAUUGGCGCCCAACGUGGGGCUAGCAAAAUCUUUAGUCUCAAUUUUUAUUAAAAUUUCGUAUUUCUUGAAAUGUGGAAAAGUUUCGAAAAACUAAAACGAACACGUGAACAUUGCUGUCUGCUGACUAAAAAAGAACCCGCCCACAGAAGAGCUUAAACCACGUUUUUCAUUUUGCUUUAAAUUGGAUGCUUUGGGACAAAAGCAUGAAAAGCUAACCAUUGCUGAAAAAAUCACUGGAUUCUAUCAAUUUUUGAGACAUCUGCUGUGAUAUCUUACGAAGCAAUCGCCUUUAAACAAAAUUUUAUGGAUGUAGCAAACUAAACCACGUGCUAAGAGAAAGUGAAUUACGUAAGUGACUUACUCAGUGCUUUUUUUCUUAAUAAAUAUAUUUAAAUACUGUGAUCAUCAUUGGAAUUCGAUGUAUUUUUGAAACUUUUGUAUAAAUCUAACUUGAUUUGUGAUUGAUAUAAGACGGUAUUUUAUUAUACCGGGUUUUUGCGCGGUCAAUACUUUAAUGUGCGACGUAGAUUUGCGAGCCUUUUUAAGAGUUUAGUUCUAAAUGAUAAAGAUCAACCAAAAAUGAAUACUGAGGAGUUAACUGCUAUAGUAACAGCUGCGGUAUCAGCCGCCUUAAGCUCACAAAAAGAGGAAUACGAUAAAAAUUUGAACGAAAUCUCAACAAGAUUUAAGGCCUAAAGGCCUAACUAUAAUGUGAAUAAGCUAGCUUAAGCCAGCGUAAGCAACUGUCCGAAUACACACAAAUUAUAUGUUGCAACUAAAGGGUGAUUUUUUAA